AUAAAUAAUCCUACUUUCUUCUCAUAGACAUAUUUAAUGAUAUUCCUACAUUAAUAUUAAUAUUCGAGCAAUUAUAUUUUCUUAAAAUAAAACUUUCUAAAGAGAUGAUCUUCAAAUUUUUAAUCCUUUUACUAUUCGUUGGGCAUGUUGCAAGCUAUACGUACAAGUACGUUAAUGACCCCAAAUUAUUCGAGGUUGUGAAUGCUAAUUGGAAAGUCGCAAUUGAUAUGUACAAGCAAUUAUUGAAAAAAAAUCCCGGAGAUGGCUUCUUGUUUUCCCCUUAUUCCAUGAUCGUAGAUCUCCUAGGACUGCAUGAAGGAGCCAAUGGGCAUACGGCCAACGCUAUUAGAUGUAAACUGGGUUUGGCUAAUAUUACAAGCCACUAUAAAGUUAAGCUAUUAAUAAUUUACAUCGAAGUCAUGAACCAAAAAAAUUACGAACUUUUAUCUUCCAAAUUUUUUUAUUUCGAUGACUCGAUAAGACUGCUAACGAAAUACACGUCGGACACAGCAAUGUUUUUCCUGGAUGCGGUCAACAUAGAAUUUUCAGACACUGUAGCGGCUACCUCUAAAAUAAAUCAAAAAGUGAGUGAAGAUACAAAUGGUAAAAUGUCCCACCAUAUUCCGGAUGGCUUGCUUACGUCUGACACUAAAUUUUUGAUCAGCAGUGCGCUUGAUUUUAAAUGUAAAUGGGAGGUACAAUUUGAUUCCGUUAUCCAAGGUCAGUUUAAAACUGUAGAUGGAGCGUUUAAACCUCAAACUUAUAUGGAAAAGACCGGUGUGUUUAAAAUUGGUUAUAUCCCAAAUUUAUCCCUCAGAAUAUUGGAACUGCCUUAUUUUAAUAAUACCCUUGCAAGUUAUAUAUUCUUGCCUAAUUGCAGCGUCGGUCUAACGGCCUUCGAAACCUCUCGCUUAGAUACGAAAACCUUAAUAGACUUAAUCGCUGCCCUAAAACCUAUGAACGCUAGGAUCUCAAUACCCAGGUUCGAAGCUUCAUCUCACCACCAACUAAGCUCGGAUUUUGAGGCCAUUGGCCUGGGCAAUCUAUUUACACCAGGCGAAGCCGAUUUUUCUAGGAUAUAUUCAAAUGCUGUAGCCGAUAAAUUGGCCCUAAAUUAUUAUGUCCAACAAGCUAGUGUAAGUUUCGAUAUAGAAGGAGCUAAUUCCCCCUCUCAAGAGACUCCUGUAAAUCCUGAAACCACUGAAGAGUUCAAAGCGGAUCAUUCAUUUCUUUACGUCAUUAUUGGUAAAAGGAGAAACGUCCCCUUCUUUAUUGGCAGGUACAAUGGAUAAAAUAAUCUGAAAAGCACUGUGAUCUUAUAAUUCAAAUGAAUAUGGGUGUUAUUUAAACUAUAAUGGAUAUUAUAUAUAGAUUUUUUUUUAAAAUUAUAUUAACAGAUAUAUAUAAUAUAGUUUUAAAUAUCAUGUGCACAGAAAUUGAUAACAAAUAAACAAAUAAACAAAUAAAAAAAUUUAUUUAAACAUUU